GUUGUCUCGUAGCUGUCGGGUAAAUUACAGCUCGAACGGAAACUUGCGUCCUUUCGGUUUGAUUUUGUUCAGCUGAGGCGGAAGAUAAUCGUAGCUAUGUCGGUGACGGUGUUUGUGAAGGGAUCUAACGACCAUUUUAAAGUUCACAAAGAGCUAGGAGAUUGCCCUUCCAGUCAACGAAUUGUGAUGAUAUUGCGACUGAAAGGUGUUCCGUUCCAUCAAGAAUUCGUCGAUCUGACGAAAAAAGAUACGAAAAAGUGGGAUGAAUUUGUGCGAAGAACCCAGGGAAGAUUAAAACCACCUGUGCUUAUCCAUGGAGAUUUGGAACCGAUUGAAGACGCCGACGCGAUCGUGGGAUAUUUGGAGGAAACCUUUCCAGAGCCUGAUUUGAAGAGUUUGAAAGCGCAAGCCAACAUCGCCGGCCGCGAUUUGUAUUCAAAGUUCGCUUUAUUCAUGCGGAACAGCAUCCCAGACAACGAUGCUAAACUGCGCGCCGCGCUCGUAAGGGAACUUAAAAAGUUGAAUGAGUUUUUAGACAAGGAGAGCCCAGGUGCUUACCUGGACGGAGACAAAUUAAAGUUGCCAGACUGCAAUUUAUUGCCUAAACUUAUGCACAUCAAGGUGGCUGGAGAGCUGAAGGGGUUUACGAUUCCGGAAGAAUUUGAAGCCAUUUCGACUUAUCUGAGAGAGACACACAGACAGAAAGCAUUCAAGGAAACAUUCACCGAACCGGUAAAGCACGACAUAAAACAGGGUUGGCUCAAAAAGAUGGGAAAUUCUAUGGGUACUAACUCGCAUAGAUAAACCUUACCGGAACCUUUUUUAAAUUAUAUUAACGCUGAAUACUGAGACAACACGCUGAAGCCGUAAAUGUUAUUACUUAAAAAUCCGAAAGGUGUUCUCUUAAAUAACAAAAGAAAGAAGGGGUCGUUUGAAACAGAGUAAAAUGUUUGAAGCUCGCUGUAAGCGAUACUUCGUUAAGUCACACUUAACGUGUUAUUAAAAUGGUAGACCAACAUUUGAAUAUUAACAAGUUUCUCUUGUUUUUAAUGACUUUUUUCGCACAAAUAGAAAACGCUGUACUAAAGGCGGAACAUUUUUGCAAAAUUUUCACACAAAAUAAUUUUUUCUACACCAUCCGAAACCAACCAGAUCGGUUUUCAAAGCUGACAACGGUAAAUUAUUCAUUCUUUCAACAUCAACACCAGGGGUCGAACCGAUCUUCUGAAAAUAAUAUUAGUAUUGCUUAUUUUUUUCUUUCAUUUUAAAGCAAAACACAACCGCUUCACUUACACAGUAAACUUUUUCAACUUGAAAGAACAAAAUAUAUGAAUAAACUGCAUGCAUUACUAAUUACUCCACGGAAAAACUAGGCGUUUCGAAACAAUAGAAAUAAGUUAUGCUAAUAAAAGUG